AUAGAGGAAGUGUACUUUGCUCAGCAGGGAGGGGCUUGUGGCUUCCUUAGAAAGUGUGGACUUAAUAAUUGUUACAGUGCGAAGGCCACGUUCCUUUUAACUCUAACAAUUGCAAAUACAAUGUGAUUACAAUAACGAAGAACGUUCUUGAAUAACGAACAAAAUAGAGGGCUGUGUAAUUAGGCGGUUCACAUCAAAGCGGAACAAGAAAGGCGCUUUGCUCGUAUCCGUUCUCUCUCAGAGUGCAAUCGGUGAUACAAAGAAACCUCCACACUAGGGGUGUAACGAUACGCUCAGGUCACGAUAUGGCACCCCUGCUAUCAAAAGGCUCAUUUUAAGCACGUUACUCAACAAUCCUGUCCCCCGGCAACCAUGUCCAUGGCCCUAAAACAAGUCUUCAACAAGGACAGAACAUUCCGGCCCAAGCGCAAGUUUGAGCCUGGAACGCAACGCUUUGAGCUGCACAAGAAAGCACAGGCGUCUCUAAAUGCCGGUCUGGACCUGAAGCAGGCGGUGCAGCUGCCGCAUGGCGAAGACCUCAAUGAUUGGGUGGCCGUUCACGUGGUGGACUUCUUUAACCGCAUCAACCUCAUCUACGGCACCAUCAAUGACUCCUGCACAGACCAGACCUGCCCCGUUAUGUCCGGCGGGCCGAAGUACGAGUACCGCUGGCAGGACGAACAGAAGUACAAGAAGCCCACUGCUCUCCCAGCACCCAAAUACAUGAGCCUGCUAAUGGACUGGAUUGAAGUCCAGAUCAACAAUGAACAGAUCUUCCCCACUAAUGUUGGUACGCCAUUCCCUAAGACCUUCAUGCAGGUAGCAAAGAAGAUCUUGUCUCGUUUGUUCCGGGUAUUUGUCCACGUCUACAUCCACCACUUUGACUGCGUGAGCCAGAUGGGAGCAGAGGCCCACGUGAACACCUGUUACAAACAUUUCUAUUACUUUGUUACUGAAUUCAACCUCAUAGACCACAAAGAGCUGGAACCUCUGAAGGAGAUGACAUCACGGAUGUGCCACUGAAAAAGAAAGCGGACCUUUACAUUCCAGACUGAUCAGGACCACGCAAAUUGACGAAUUAAAAACAGACCAAACUUUCAAAGACUUUAUUUUUUAUACACUUUUAAAGUACUGUAAUAAUCUAUUUAGAGAGAGACAUGUACAUCUCUCUGUAUUCUCAUGUGUAGGCAUAUGGAGAGUAUUUUUUAUUAGAAAUCAGUAUUAUCAGAUAUUUUUGUUUUCCCAAAUUUGUUCUGAAUCAUUCCUUUUGUUCUCUUGUACUGUUAUAAUCUUUAACAUACAGAUUAUAUUUGACUAUUUAUGUUUGUGGUUGAGAUAUUAAACUCGCUUCCUCUUGUCUGUGUA